AUGCCUCUUGAUCUCUCAAAUUUUGAUUCCCUUCUUGGCAUGUGUAACAAAGGUUGGAGUCCUCAAUUACAUGAUCUCAUUAUUGCAGCCAUUGUCAAUAUUUUGUGGAAGGUCUGGAAAUGCAGGAACAAUGUCAGAUUUAAUGAUAUUUAUCCCUAUUUUUCUCGUGAUCUGAUCUAUGUGAAAAGUCUUAUUCAUCAAGCAGCUCAUUAUUCCAAAGGUCACAUGUACUCAUCUAUAAAAGAAUUUUCUAUCCUCAAGCAUUUUGGUGUUGAUUGUCAUCCUCCCCCUCCGCCAUCUAUUAAACAAGUCAAUUGGAUCAUGCCCCCUAGUUUUUGGGUGAAGUGCAAUACUGAUGGAGCCUCUAGAGGUUCUCCAGGUAUAUCUUCUUGUGGUGGCAUCUUUAGAGACCAUCUUGGUACUUUUUUAGGUGCAUUUUCAGCUAACAUUGGUGUUGCAACCUCUCUUUAUGCUGAAAUUUGCGCUGCAAUUUAUGCUAUUGAAUUUGCUUCUGCUAAAGGAUGGACCCGUCUUUAG